AAGCGGUGAAGUGUGUGAAAUUUGGGCUGAGGAAGGCGUGAUCUUCCGCGUUAGUACCUGCUGCAGGCUGCAUCAGUUGAGCGAAGAGUGUGACUGCGAGACCUCCUCAAAACUGAGACACUGAGUUGACUCAUGUAGCUACAUGUUGUAAUUUGGUGAUAACGGAGAGAGAAAGAGGAAAUUAGUUUUUCCGUGGUCGCCUCUUCUGCUUUAGCGAGUUUAAUAGUGUAGGACCGGCCGGAGGAGAACACAAUAAGGUGAGAUGAGGGACAGACUGUGUGAGCUGCACACCUCCAAGCCUGCAGAGGAGGAGUGCAGACCUGAGGAGAACCACAGCCACACCACUGAUGAUGAGGGGCAUCUGGAGCAGCAAGCCAUCGUGUUUGAGGGGGAGGACGUGAUGGACAGCCUCUUCAAAGACACCCAGGCAAUAAGGAAGGAGCUGCAGCUGCUCAAACUGGAUGUGAAGCGUCUCGGGAAACAGAACACCAGGUUCCUCACAUCUGUCAGAAGGAUCAGCAGCAUCAAACGUGACUCCAAUGCACUCGGGCGGGACAUUAAGGCCAAAGGGGAGGCCAUUUAUGCACGGGUGGAGAAGCUGGGGAAGCUGAGCAAAGAGAUGGAGGAGGAGCACGGGCCUACAUCAGCUGUUGCUCGCAUGGUGCGUUCACAGUAUGUUUCUCUAUCCAACGCCUUCCACGAAGCCAUGUCUGAGUACAACGAGGCUGAGAUGGUCCAGAAGGAGAACUGCAAGACCCGCAUCCAGAGGCAAGCGGAGAUCAUGGGCAAGGAAGUGAGCAGGGAGCAGAUUGACGAGAUGAUCGAGACGGGCAAAUGGAACGUCUUCUCAGAUAAUCUCCUCCUGGAGGGUAGGACUGCCAGAUCUGCUCUCAAUGAGAUCGAGAACCGGCACAAGGAGUUGCUGGAGCUUGAGGGCCGCAUCAGGGACAUUCAAGAGCUCUUCUCCCAGAUGGCCCUGCUGGUGGAGGAGCAGGGCUGCAUGCUGGACAACAUAGAGGCGAAUGUAUGUGCCACUCAGGACUAUGUUGUCAAGGCCACAGUUCAGAUCAAGAAGGCUGUGAAAUACAAAAAAAACAAUCCAUGCAAGAAACUCUUUUGUUGUUGCUUCCCUUGCUGCAAAUGAGACAGCAUCAGUGUUAUUUUUAAAUCGAGAUUAGACACAAAUCAGCUUCCAAUGCAAAGAUGCCUGUAAUAUUAUGCUUCAGUUUGUGUAUUUAUUUAGCUCAAACGAAUCAGGGUUUUUAAACAGUAGUACAAUCUAGGUCUGAGGAAAGGCCUCCAUUUCAAACCACACGUCCAUAUGCAAAUGUACAUAGCGAGAUUAGGGUGUUGCAUUUCCUGAUUGCUACUGAGAACAGCUUUGCAUGAUUACUGUAAAGCGAUCUAAGCUAUAAUUUAAUGCACAAGUCUCAGGUUUAAACUUUGUAAUGUUGUAUGAGAUAUUUAAGUAAUGUAAAUAAAUGCCUUAAGAGUGGCUUUCUAA